GAUUCACCGUCAACCUUCCCGUCCUCGCUUGCUCGCCUUGGCUCCUGAACGACAUCGCUUAGCUAGUACUGAAGACCAUUUAGUGAAAAUCGCCUGAAGUGCCGACCAACUGGCCGUCGUGCACUUAGUUCGGGCAUCACCACGACGUGCCUCGUCGCGUCGACAAGUCGGAAUCUAGCUCGCGCCGGGUGCGACCCGCACCCCUCGAUCCGCGCACCCGCGCACCGCUCUAGCCGCGCGCUGCUCUAGCCGCGCAGCAUUCCUUGAGGAGUUCCCAGUGCGAGCAACUGCAGCACCGCAGCAUUGCCCGUCACGCCUGCCGGCCCUCACAGCAUUGCCCGUCACGCCUGCCGGCCCUCACAGCAUUGCCCGUCACACCUGCCGGCCCUCUCCCCGGCGCCCGUCUCCGCCCACAGCCGCAUUGCCCCUCACGCCCCGCGUCUGCCGCCUGUGGAGUGCUUCCCCCUCCCGUCACUCGCUCAGCCCGACGCCCUGUUCACGCUCGCGCCUUCUUGCCCCUGUAUCGCACUCGCACUGCCACGUGUCGGAGCAGCACUGGAGGCGCGCCUCAGAAGCCAUCUCACAGAGGAGCCAUCCGCUCAGUAGAAGGCACCUGGUCGGUCGCGGCCGGCAAACGCACAGCGGAUGGCUAGUAUGCUUGCUGGUUUCCCCACCACCCCCAUCAACCCGCACCUCGGGAUCCCCCCCUCGGGAGUACCGCCGGGCUCUGCUCUGCUGCUCUGUGAUGACGUGGCAGCAGAAGGAAGCUUCCUGCUGCUGCACCUGCUGAAGGGGGACGGAGGGGAGUGUGUGCGGACGGUUUGUUUUGUCACUCUCGCCCACUCGCCCUCCCAUUACAGUCACAUUGCAAGGAGAAUGGGCCUUCACUUCUCUGACCUCUGCAGGCAGCACCGCCUAGCCAUCAUUGACGGCCAACAGGAGAGGCAGCACAAGCACCAGCACCAGCAACAACAAAAUGAACAGCACCAGCCGGGAGUGCACCACUUUUCUCCUCCUGUCCCCUUCCUACCUCUCGCCCAACCUCCCUCCCCGGUAUCACAUCUCCCCUCCCAUCCCUCUCCCGCCACCAACCCCCUCCGAGCCCUCUACGCCACCAUCUGCACUGCAGUCAGGUCCCUUGGCUGCCCCCCCUCCUCGCACCCUGCUCCCACUGCCACUGCCACUGCCACUGCCACUGCCGCACCUCAACCCGCUGCUUCUCCUCCUCCCCCUCCUCUUGCUGCUGCUGCUGCCACGUCACCAUCACCGUCUGGCGCUGCUGACGUGUCGCUCCGAGCGCGGUGCGGUGGCCAGCUGUGCAUUGUGAUUGAUGACGUGUCGCUGCUGGAGACAUGCGCGGGCGGCGAUUCUCGGCUAGUUAUGGACUUUCUCUCAGCUUGCCGUGGCCUGUGCACUAAGUACCAUAGAGCUUCUCUCGUCCUGCUCACACAUGCAGCCGUCCAUCCCACCACCUUCACCUUCCCCCUGCCGCCUCCCCACGCACCGCCCCUCCCCCUUACCACUGCCUCCUCCCCCGUCGCCUCGCCUCCCCUGCUGCCGUGCCUGCUGCACCUGUCGGACGUGGUUGUGCUGCUGAGGCCGCUAACGUCAGGCCACGCCUCUGACGUCCACGGGCAGGCGGACAUCACCCAUCUCACGCCCGCACUCCUCCAAGGGCCACCAUCACACCAUCUUGAGAGCAAUCCCAUGAACCCCAGUGACACCCUCCGAUAUAGUCACGGGCAGCAUAGGUACACCCAGCCUCCGUGCCAGCAGCAGCACCUGGUGUAUCAGGUUCAAGAUUCUGGCGCCGUGUUUGCCGCCACUUAGUGGGACUGAUCUGGAGUUCUAGUGUUCUUAAAAGUGUACUGCCAUUCACCAGUACUGCACAGCUGCACCUGGUAUACCAGAUUCAAGAUUCUGGUGCCGUGUAAGGGUGUUGUCAGCCACCACUACCGGCAGCAGACGCAGCCACUUGCAUGUAAGAGCAUGUUCGUAGGAUCCCUUAUCAAGCAAGCCUCUUGACAGCCUCUGGUUCUGCCAUGCUGAACCGCACUGAACAGUAUUGCCUGCAUCUGAUAAGAAGCACUUUCCAUGAGA